AUGAACCGGCGAGUCCACCUAGCAGUCCACCCAGCAACCAAUGUCUUUAAUGGGUACUGGACCCGAGAGGCUGUGAUUGUGAAGACUGUAAUGACAACUGUGGAUCGCAAAACGCCAGUGGAUUCUGCGACCACCCAAAAUCGAAUUGGAAUGGAGGUGUUUGUACUUGCGAACAAAAUUGUUGACUUUGAAAUUGGAAUGAUGAAAUAUAAUCGAGUCAUCGUCGUUACUAUGUUGUGUACUGUACUGCAUGUUGAUAAUAAAGUUGGUCGUGAAAUAGUCACAGUGGUUGAGGAUUUCAGACGAAAAUGGAGGUACCCGUCCCGGUUUUCAAGCCUCAUGCAGUGUUGUUGGACCCAAACAUGCGAAACUAGCUAUCCAUUUUCGAUAGAACCCUAA